AUGUUCGUUGAAAUCGGACCUCUGUCGUGUUUUAUUUCCCAUCAUUCCAUCCCAACUGACAUGCAGUUUUGUCCUAACAUAAGCCCCCCAUGUUAUAAAUCAAAAGAAGAAGACAUAGUCAUUCAAGCUGAUGAUGAAAUACGAUUGAAGAUAGUCGGUACUCGUGUUGAUGCCACAGGAAUUGAAGAAUAUACAUCGUCAAUGCUUCUGACAGCCAGCAAUUCAACUCAGCAGUACGCAUUAGAAGAGAACAUUGAAAUUUCACUUUUCGGUACAGAAUUUAUCCGAGAUGUGAAUAAAUACUUGGGUAUUGACAAAGAACCUCCCAUAGAUAUAGAGUUCAAGCCCCAUGGCAAUUUGAUCCUGGCCAAGGACGAGGACGCUGAGAGACUCAUAAAAAAUGUGAGACUACAAAAUUCUAUGGGAGUUCCGACUACCAUUUACACUGCGACGCAACUGCAACGCAUGUUCCCGUGGCUCAACACCGAAGGAAUAGCAAUCGGUACCAUGGGGGCUGAAAAAGAGGGUUCAUUUAAUCCCUAUGCGUUGUUGAGAGCCUUGAGACGGAAAUGUAUAGCUCUUGGGGUUGAAAUCGCUACUGCGGAAGUCAAAGGAUUCAUUUUUAGCAAAAUUCCAAAUUUCACUGUCGUCUCACCGUCGACUGCUGAUCUUUACAGUAAACUUAAUCAUGUUGUUGUGAAGACAGCGGCUGGUGAAAAAAAAAUCAUCCAAUUCGCUGCAGCUGUUAUAAUUUAA